GCUACUGUCCCUCGUGUGCAGACUCCGGGUGCAAGCCGAGACAUGGCCACGGCCACUGUGGCAGCAGCAAGACGAGGCUUCUGCCGAGCCCCUCCGCUCCUCCUCCGGCGCGGCUACCAGACGGAGAAGGGCGUCUAUGGCUAUCGGCCGAGGAAGCCCGAGAGUCGGGAGCCCCGGAGCGACCUGGCGCGCCCCUCAGUUGAUCAUGGCCUUGCCAGAUUGGUGACUGUAUACUGUGAACAUGGUCAUAAAGCUGCCAAAAUCAACCCCCUCUUCACUGGACAAGCCUUGCAGGAGAAUGUGCCUGAAAUCCAAGCUCUUGUGCAGACCCUACAGGGACCCUUUAAUACCACAGGAUUAUUGGACAUGGGGAAGGAGGAGGCCUCUCUUGAGGAAAUAUUAGCCUAUCUCAACCAAAUCUACUGUGGGCAAAUUUCUAUUGAAACCUCCCAACUUCAGAGCCAGGAGGAGAAAGACUGGUUUGCCAAACGUUUUGAGGAACUGAGAAAAGAGACCUUUACCACAGAAGAGCGAAAACAUCUGUCAAAACUAAUGCUAGAAUCUCAGGAGUGUGACCACUUUCUGGCCACCAAAUUUGCCACAGUGAAGCGGUAUGGAGGCGAAGGAGCUGAAAGCAUGAUGGGCUUUUUCCACGAGUUGCUGAAAAUGGCGGCCUACAGUGGGAUAACUGAUGUGAUUAUUGGCAUGCCCCACAGAGGGAGGCUUAAUUUAUUGACAGGCCUUCUGCAGUUCCCUCCAGAGCUGAUGUUCCGUAAAAUGCGAGGCUUAAGUGAAUUUCCAGAAGACGGUUCAGCCACCGGAGAUGUCCUGUCUCACUUGACCUCCUCAGUUGACCUGGACUUCGGUGCGCACCGUCCCCUCCAUGUGACAAUGCUGCCUAACCCUUCCCACCUGGAAGCUGUCAACCCCGUGGCUGUCGGGAAGACUCGGGGAAGGCAGCAGUCUAGACAGGACGGGGACUACUCUCCAGACAGCUCGGCUCAGCCUGGGGACAAAGUCAUCUGCUUACAGGUUCACGGUGAUGCUUCCUUCUGUGGUCAGGGGAUUGUCCCCGAAACGUUUACGCUGUCUAAUCUCCCACAUUUCAGAAUUGGCGGGAGUGUCCAUCUGAUUGUCAAUAACCAGCUGGGUUACACGACUCCUGCAGAGAGAGGAAGGUCGUCUUUAUACUGCAGUGACAUUGGGAAGCUGGUGGGCUGCGCCAUCAUCCAUGUCAAUGGAGACAGCCCGGAGGAGGUGGUUCGCGCCGCACAGCUGGCUUUUGAAUACCAGCGCCAGUUCCGGAAGGAUGUGAUUGUGGAUUUGUUAUGCUACAGGCAGUGGGGCCACAAUGAGCUGGACGAGCCCUUCUUCACCAACCCGGUCAUGUACAAAAUCAUCAGAGCCCGAAAGAGCAUCCCAGACACAUACGCAGAGCACCUUAUUGCCAACGGGCUCAUGACCCAGGAAGAGGUGUCGGAAAUCAAAACCUCCUACUAUGCAAAGUUAAAUGACCACCUAACUAACACGGCCCACUACAGGCCCGCGGCCACCAACCUGCAGGCCCACUGGCAGGGCCUGGUGCAGCCGGAAGCUUGCGUCACCACCUGGAACACGGGUGUGCCCCUAGACCUCCUGCGGUUCGUUGGCGGGAAGUCCGUGGAUGUGCCGGAGGGACUGCACAUGCACAGCCACCUUCUGAAGAUGUACGUUCAGUCCAGACUGGAGAAAGUGAUGGAUGGAACAAAAUUAGACUGGUCUACGGCAGAAGCCCUUGCCUUGGGCUCAUUACUUGCUCAGGGUUUUAACGUACGUCUGAGCGGACAAGAUGUUGGUCGUGGAACUUUUAGUCAGAGGCACGCAAUGGUUGUUUGCCAGAACACUGAUGAUGCCUAUAUCCCUCUGAACCAUAUGGACCCGAAUCAGAAAGGGUUUCUAGAGAUCAGCAACAGCCCGCUGUCAGAAGAGGCCGUCCUGGGAUUCGAAUAUGGGAUGAGCAUCGAAAGUCCCAGGUUACUGCCCCUCUGGGAGGCUCAGUUUGGCGAUUUCUUCAAUGGUGCUCAGAUCAUCUUUGACACGUUUAUCUCUGGAGGGGAGGCCAAGUGGCUCCUUCAGAGUGGCAUCGUCAUCCUCCUCCCCCACGGGUAUGACGGGGCCGGACCCGAGCACUCCUCUUGUCGCAUAGAGCGUUUCUUGCAGAUGUGCGACAGCCUAGAAGAGGGGGUAGAUGGAGACACGGUGAACAUGUUCGUGGUACACCCAACUACUCCUGCACAGUAUUUCCACCUGCUCCGGAGACAGAUGGUCCGGAAUUUCCGCAAACCCCUCAUUGUCGCUUCUCCCAAGAUGCUGCUCAGGUUCCCUGCAGCCGUGUCAAGUCUGCAUGAAAUGGCACCAGGAACAACAUUCAAGCCGGUCAUUGGCGAUGCAUCUGUGGAUCCCAAAAAUGUUAAGAGUCUAGUGUUCUGCUGUGGCAAACAUUUCUAUGCCCUGCUGAAGCAGAGAGAAUCCUUGGAGGCCAAGAAGGGUGACUUCGCCAUCAUCCGAUUAGAGGAACUCUGUCCUUUCCCACUGGAGUCGUUACAGCAAGAGAUGAGCAAAUAUAAACAUGUUAAAGAUUUUAUUUGGAGUCAGGAGGAGCCUCAGAACAUGGGUCCAUGGUGCUUUGUUUCUCCAAGGUUUGAAAAGCAACUGGCCUGCAAGCUCCGUCUGGUGAGCCGACCCCCUUUGCCGGCACCCGCCGUGGGAAUCGGCAGCCUUCACCUGCAGCAGCACGAGGAUGUCCUCACCAAGACCUUCGCUUGAUGGUGUCCGUCGAACCACUACUAUUUCCUCUUCAGAAAUCUUCUGUGAAAAGAAAGGCUUGCUUCUGCACUCUCUCCUUCCGUUAGGUAACAUGGAAAGCCUCUGUUUGUCUAAGAUACUGGGAUUGAUGAGGCGGUUUAAUCAGAAUACGUGGAAUAGCCAAGGGAAUGAAUUGUCCAUCAAUACACGAAUCGGACCAGUCCAUUUGAUCCUUACAGGUACAGCGGUGUUUAGUUCUGGUUAGAUCUGAGUGAGUUGCAGGCUAGUUCCUGAUCCAGAUUUUUCUCAGACCACUCUUUCUGAUUAACUAUAUACGCUCAGGAAAAGUUCUUCAGCCUGAAUCUACAGCUCCAUACAGAUUACCUCAACACGACUUCUCAGUUUGCUUGAUGCGUGGCACUUUAAUUUUGCCAUUGUGACUAUCAGUAUUUCUUUUGACGUGAUAUCCAGUGCUGCUUUGCAGCCACUGUAGAAAAUGUUUCACCAAGUUCUGUAGCAAAACCGUAUUCGUCCUGAUUCAUGGUUUUCAAUAUCGUUGUUUUCACCCAUUGUCCUAAAAUAUCAGUCCCAUUCGAUACAAGUCUCUGGAUGUAUAAUCUUUGUGUAUAGUAUUAUUAAGGAGUUUUAGCUACAAUGAAAUUGAUUUGUGGGCAACAUAGUAUCUUUCCCCCCUAAACUGUUAUCUUGAUAUUUUUAACUGACUUUGGGUGUCUGAUGUGGGGAUUUCAGCUCCUGCCUAGUCAGUCUUACUUCUAAAAUGUGUGACGAAGUGAUGUUCGUUCGUAGCGUUUAAAGAGCUUUUUAAUUUUGACGCUAGAAACUUCCCCGCACCGGGUACUUGGGGAUUUAUAGACAUCACUGACCCACUCCGUUACGUCUGAAACUCUGGGAGCAUUAACUCAACAGCAGCAAGUGGGGUGGCUCCAUGUCCCUUGGUGCUGUAGAGACGCACGGCCUACCGUUCUCGGCCCGGGCACUUUUCUCAGGAAUGACGGAGCACGUGCUGGGGCACUGUUCCUGGCAGUAAUGUCCUUCAGAAUCAACGGGCGAGGUUGUUCUGGCCACGGGAGUGGAGUCAUGAUUCACAUCUUAAAUGUGUGCAUCAGUAUAUUGAUUUCAUAUUUCUGUAAAACUUGUCUCCUUUUCAUUCCUCUGCACCUUAAUGCUUCCUUGCUGUGUCAAGACUUACAAAUCAUGUAACUUCCUGUCAUGCACGUAACUCAGUCAUUUCUAGUGCUGCUAAAGUUACGGAGGUCUGUUUCAUGAGAAUGGUUAUCAAUGUUGUACACUGAACCGGAAAAACACAAAAGCACUGUCAUGUUUUUCAGAUCUCUUGGUUUCUUGAGUUAAACACUUCAAAGUUUAAGCACAUAAUGAGAUGGAAAACUAGGUUUUUUUCUCAUUUUUUAAAAGCUCAGUUUAGAGUUUUCCAAAUUUCUAACUUUUCAUCUCUGGUAUCUUCUCCACCUUGAGCCAUAAAAUGUGUCUUCUGAAAAAAAAUAUGACUCCUGUAUCUUAACCUUCUUACUUUCAAUCACUAUGCAACAUAGGUCAGCAUUUUGAAUCACCUUGUAGGAAGGGACCAUUUAAAGAAUUCCAAAUCAAAUACUCCCAUAAUAAAGCAUGGGAUAAAAAUACCAUAACAAAGUAAAAUAAAAAUAUCUUACUAUAUUUCUGAGAGAAAGUUGGUAAUGUGAUAUUUGUAUCCUGUUCAUAUCUAUGCUAAUUAAGUUCGUAUUCAAUGAAGAGCAGGCUCAAAUGGGGUAUUCAGUGAAUAGAAAUUUUAACAGUCAUUAAAAAUGUUCAUUUUUUUCUAAAGUGAUGUAUUCAUAGUAAAAUAAAUUUUUCUUCCUUAAGAA